CGGGAGGGGAGAGCCAGCAACAGGUACAAAGCGGCGGCGGUGAGUGACGAUAUAAAUGCAGAUGAUGUGGAAUUAUUUUACAUUUUGCAGAGCAAGGGCGUUUUAUGAAUCUAAGUUAUGGAGAAUGUGGGUCCAGACUAACUGUUUGUGUGUUAUUCCUUUGAGAGAGAGAGAGAGGGGGAGACAGAGAGAGAGAGAGAGAGAGAGAGAGAUCAGAAGAAAGAGAGAGAGUAGCCUACCCACUGGGCAAAAACGGGUUGAAUCAACGUUGUUUCCAUGUCAUUUCAACAAUAAAAUGCAAUGUGAUGACGUUGAUGUGGAAAACUGAUUGGAUUUGCAAAGGUCAUUUUUUGACCAAACGUUUAACCUAAAUUCAAUGAAUUUUUUUGUUGAUUUCACAUUUAAUUCAUGAUAGUUGACAACUAAACCAAAUGUAAAUCAAAACUAGAUGUUGAAAUGAUGUCUGUGCACACAGGGAGCACCGUUUACUUGUGGAAGAGUGUCUGUCCUAAAUCAGUAAAGUUGUUGCACAAUUUACAGGUAGCAUGCCUGCAGAAAGUAUUCAUACCCCUAGACUUAUUCCACAUUUUGUUGUGUUAGCCUGAAUUCGAAAUGAAAAAGUGAAAACAUGUUUUAGAAAUGUUUGCACAUUUAUUGAAAAUGAAAUACAGAAAUAUCUCAUUGAUAUAAGUAUUCACACCCCUGAGUCAAUACUUUGUAGAAGCACCUUUGGCAGUGAUUACAGCUGUGAGUUUUUAAGUUUCUAAGAGCUUUCCACACCUGGAUUGUGCAACAUUUGCCCAUUAUUCUUUUCAAAAUUCUUCAAGCUCUGUCAAAUUGGUUAUUGAUCAUUGCUAGGCAACCAUUUUCAGGUCUUGCCAUAUGUUUUGAAGUAGAUUUAAGUCAAAACUGUAACUUGGCCACUCAUGAACAUUCACUGUCUUUUUCCAGUGUAGAUUUGGCCUUGUGCUUUAGGUUAUUGUCCUGCUGAAAGGUGAAUUCCUCUCCCAGUGUCUGGUGGAAAGCAGACUGAACCAGGUUUUCCUCUAGGAUUUUGCCUGUGCUUAGCUCCAUUCUGUUAAUUUUUUAUCCUGAAAAACUCCCAGUCCUUAACGAUUACAAGCAUACCCAUAACAUGAUGCAGCCACUACUAUGCUUGAAAAUAAUUAAAUAAAAAAUUGCUUUGCCACUUUUUUGCAGUAUUACUUUAGUGCUUUGUUGUAAACAGGAUGCAUGUUUUGGAAUAUUUGUUAUUCUGUUCAGGCUUCCUUCUUUUCACUUUGUCAAUUAGGUUAGUAUUGUUGAGUAACUACAAUGUUCUUGAUCCAUCCUCAGUUUUCUCCUAUCACAGCCAUUAAACUCUGUAACUGUUUUAAAGUCACAAUUGGCCUCAUGGUGAAAUCCCUGAACGGUUCCCUUCCUCUCCAGCAACUGAGUUAGGAAGGACACCUUUAUACACCAUCCAGAGUGUAAUCAAUGACUGCUUUUUUCAUUUUUACCCAUCUAUCAAUACGUGUCCUUCUUUGCGAGGCAUUGGAUCUUUGUUGGAAAUUCACUGCUCAACUGAGGGGCCUUACAGAUAAUUGUAUGUGUGGGGUACAAAGAUGAGGUAGUCAUUCAAAAAUCAUGUUAAACACUAUUAUUGCACACAGAGUCCAUGCAACUUAUUAUGUGACUUGUUAAGCAAAUUAUCCAGAGCAACUUACAGGAGCAAAUAGGAUUAAGUGCCUUGCUCACGGGCACAUAGACAGAUUUUUCACCUAGUCGGUUCAGGGAUUCGAACCAGUGAAUUUUCAGUUACUGGCCAAUGCGCUUAACCAUUAGCCUAACUGCCGCCCCAUUAAUGCUUGAUUUAGAUAUUUAGGAGAACAUGUGUAAUUUUCUCUAAAAGGUGUGUGUGUGUGUGGAAGAGAGAGAGUGUGUGUCUAUGUGUGUGUGUGGGAGGCUGAGGGUGACAAGAGUGGAAUAUUGACAGAUUGUAUGCCAUUGUAUGAAUACUUUAGGAUGCAACCUAUUUUCCCUAUGAUUUGUAAGACCUUGACAGCCCUCAAUCUUUCCAGUUGGGUGGACAGACAUGACAAAGGAGAAGCCCUACACAUAACACUUGCCUCUUGGAUACACAUUUCAGAUUGGCGCUGGGCUUUGUGCACAGUUGACGACAGCAUCAAGUGGCUCUUUGCUGAGAGAGAGCUAACAUAAGGACUCUGAGUUGUUUAUAUAGAAAGGGUGUGGGAGGGGUUUGGAAUGCUUCAGACCAUUAAGGUGAAAAAUACUUAUGUACUAGGGUCCGAACUCAAGUAAAAGUAUCCAUACACCGGAUAGGUGCUGUGAAAGUGUUGUUUUACAAGGUCAGCCAUAGGACACAUCAACACAUUUUUCACAUUGACAGCUCGGGUAUUCGAACCAGUAACCUUUUGGUUACUUGCCUAAUGCUCCAACCACUAGGCAACCUGCCACCCUAGCUAGUGUGUGUCAGUGGUGCAUGCAGUCAAUUUGUUCCCUGCUGUUGACAAAGCGCGAGAGAGGGAGAUUAUGCAGGCUGAGGCAAGUAAUCUGGCAUCUGGUGCAGGAUAACAAACCCCUCUUUCUGCUGACACAGGGAAAAGGGAAAGAACAAGAUAGCUGCUGCGCUGAGAGAGCCGGCUCACCUCCGUCGGGUCUUCCUUUGUGCGUUCUUCUCUAUCACAACUUCCCUUUGUGCUGUCAAAAAAGGCACCCCCAAAAGCAUAAUGCUGAGAGUGCAGUUGGUUGGAAUCAAAGUGUCUGUCAAUAGUAUAGUCAGUAGGGAUACAGUUAAGUUGUUUUCAUGCAAAUAUGACCACCAAAUAUGAAGCGAGAUUUGUGUUCAAGUUUUCCUUGCAUACCAUGCACGUACACUAUAUAUACAAAAGUAUGUGGAGACCCCUAGUGGAUUCGGCUAUUUAAGCCAUACCCGUUGCUGACAGGUGUAUAAAAUCGAGCACACAGCCAUGCAAUCUCCAUAGACAAACAUUGGCAAUAGAAUGGCCUUACUGAAGAGCUCAGUGACUUUCAACAUGGCACCGUCAUAGGAUGCCACCUUUCGAACAAGUCAGUUCGUAACAUUUCUGCGCUUCUAGAGCUGCCCCGGUCAACUGUAAGUGCUGUUAUUGUGAAGCGGAAACGUCUAGGAGCAACAAUGGCUCAGCCGCGAAGUGGUAGGCCACACAAGCUCACAGAACGGGACCACCGAGUGCUGAAAUACGUAAAAAUUGUCUGUCCUCUCCCCAAUUUUGUGAUAUCCAAUUGUGAUCCGAUUACGAUCUUGUCUCGUCGCUGCAACUCCCCAACGGCCUCGGGAGAGGCGAAGGUCGAGUCAUGCGUCCUCCGAAACAUGACCUGCCAAACCACGCUUCUUUACACCCGCCCGCUUAACCAGCCGCACCUAUGUGUCGGAGGAAACACCAUUCAACUGACGACCGAAGUCAGCCUGCAGGCGCCCGGCCCGCCACAAGGAGUCGCUAGAGUGCGAUGAACCAAGUAAAUCCCCCCCGGCCAAACCCUCCCCUAACCUAGACGACGCUGGGCCGACUCUAUUCUCUGUGUAUAUCAAUGAUGUUGCUCUUGCUGCUGGUGACGCUCGGAUCCACCGCUUUCCGGACGACACCAUUUUGUAUACAUCUGGCCCUUCAUUGGACACUGUGUUAACAAACCUCCAAACGAGCUUCAACGCCAUACAACACUCCUUCCGUAGCCUCCAACUGCUCUUAAACACUAGUAAAACUAAAUGCAUGCUCUUCAACCGAACGCUGCUGGCACCCGCCCACCCGACUAGAAUCACUACUCUCGGCGGGUCUGACCUAGAGUAUGUGGACAACUACAAAUACCUAGGUGUCUGGUUAGACUGUUAACUCUCCUUCCAGACUCACAUUAAGCAUCUCCAAUCAAAAGUUAGAUCUAGAAUCGGGUUCCUAUUUCGCAACAAAGCCAGCCUCCUUCACUCAUGCUGCCAAACAUGCCCUCGUAAAACUGACUAUCCUACUGAUCCUUGACUUCGGCGAUGUCAUUUACAAAAUAGCCUCCAACACUCUACUCAGCAAAUUGGAUGUAGUCUAUCACAGUGCCAUCCGUUUUGUCACCAAAGUCCCAUAUACUACCCACCAUUGUGACCUGUACGCUCUUGUUGGCUGGCCCUCACUACAUAUUCGUCGCCAAACCCACUGGCUCCAGGUCAUCUAUAAAUCACAGCUAGGCAAAUCCCUGUCUUAUCUUAGCUCACUCAUCACCAUAGCAACACCCACCCGUAGUCUGCGCUCCAGAAGGUAUAUCUCACUGGUCAUCCCCAAAGCCAACACCUUCUUUGGCCGCCAUUCCUUCCAGUUCUCUGCUGCCAAUGACUGGAACGAACUGCAAAAAUCUCUGAAGCUGGAGACUCUUAUCUCCCUCACUAACUUUAAGCAUCAGUUGUCAGAGCAUCUUACCGAUCACUGCACCUGUACACAGCCCAUCUGUAAUUAGCACAUCCAACUACCUCAUCCCCAUAUUGUUCUUUAUUUUGCUAAUUUGCACCCCAGUAUCUCUAUUUGCACAUCAUCUUUUGCACAUCUAUCAUUCCAGUGUUAAUGCGAAAUUGUAACUAUUUUGCACUAUGGCCUAUUUAUUGCCUUACCUCCAUAAUUUACUACAUUCGCACACACUGUAUAUAUAUUUUCUGUUGUAUUUUUGACUUUAUGUUUUGUUUACCCCAUAUGUAACUCUGUGUUGAUGUUUUUAUCGCACUGCUUUGCUUUAUCUUGGCCAGGUCGCAGUUGUAAAUGAGAACUUGUUCUCAACUGGCUUACCUGGUUAAAUAAAGGUGAAAAAAAAAAAAGAUAUAUAAAACAAAUUGUGCGCCACCCUAUGUGACUCCCGGUCACAGCCAGUUGUGACACAGCCUGGGAUCAAACCUGGGUCUGUAGUGACGCGUCAAGCACUGCGAUGCAGUGGCUUAGACCGCCGCGCCACUUGGGAGGCCCUAGCACAAUAAUUGUUAGUCGGGAGCUUCAUGAAAUGGGUUUCCAUGGCCGAGCAGCCGCACACAAGCCUAAGAUCACAAUGCGCAUUGCCAAGCGUCGGCUGGAGUGGUGUAAAGCUCGCCGCCAUUGGACUCUGGAGCAGUGGAAAUGGGUUCUCUUAAGUGAUGAAUCAUGCUUCACCAUCUGGCAGUCCGACAGACGAAUCUGGGUUUGGCGGAUGCCAGGAGAACGCUACCUGCCCGAAUGCAUAGUGUCAACUGUAAAGUUUGGUGGAGGAGGAAUAAUGGUCUGGGGCUGUUUUUCAUGGUUCGGGCUAGGACCCUUAGUUCCAGUGAAGGGAAAUCUUAACGCUACAGCAUACAAUGACAUUCUAGACGAUUCUGUGCUUCCAACUUUGUGGCAACAGUUUGGGGAAGGCCCUUUCCUGUUUCAGCAUGACAAUGCCCCCGUGCACAAAGCGAGGUCCAUAAAGAAAUGGUUUGUCGAGAUCAGUGUGGAAGAACCUGACUGGCCUGCACAGAGCCCUGACCUCAACCCCAUCGAACACCUUUGGGAUGAAUUGGAACGCCGACUGUGAGCCAGGCCUAAUCGCCCAACAUCAGGGACUGACCUCACUAAUGCUCUUGUGGCUGAAUGGAAGCUAGUCCCCGCAGCAAUGUUCCAACAUCUAGUGGAAAGCCUUCCCAGAAGAGUGGAGGCUGUUAUAGCAGCAAAGGGAGACCAACUCAAUAUUAAUGCCCAUGGUUUUGGAAUGAUAUGUUCGACGAGCAGGUGUCCACAUACUUUUGGUAUGAUUUUGACUGAAUGAUAAACAGACAAAGGUUACCAUGGCAAAGCAUAGAUUAACAUUCAGAGGGCAGUCACAGACAUAUGUCUAAAGGGGAGCAGGCCGAUGCUCCUUAAAAACCUGUCAAUUGAGAAAGAACUAUGGUUGAAAGCAAUGCUGGCAGCUCCGCUUUGAGAGACGCUACUGAGCAUUAUCUAGUGAUAUCUGAACAUGUAGAUGUUUGUGUAGAUACUGUAAUUUAAGCUCAAGAGGUGCUGUACUGGAGCUUGGCAAGUCUACAUUCUUAUCCCAUCAUUUUUCAGAGAUAAGAGAUCUCCAUAUUUCAAUAGACUUAGAGAGAUUCUGAACCGUAAAGAUUGAGACACUUCAUGAUAUACUUACACGUAGUUUACAAUUCAAGCCAUUGGAAGUACUUAAGUCAAGGUUCCAAAAUGGGUCUGUUGGAGUUGUCUGACGUAGUGUGGCAACAUAAACAGAACUGUGAGUUUACCAGAGAGCUCUUAAAAUAUUCCCUAAAGUUGUUAGAACGUUCACUCAUGAGAUGAAUCUACACUACAGAAUUUGUUUCGAAACCUUUUUGUAUUUAAUUCUUUCAUUGUUUCCUUUGAGACACACAGACUCUAGUGAGCCAGAACCCAAUGUCUAACUGGGAAACAUUGAUUUGACAAUUUGAGGAAUCUCUUCACCCCAAGUGAAAACUGCCAUCUAAAUACUUUUCCUUAGCAGCGAUCUUUGGAGUGGCAACCAAUUCAUUCUUCGCUAACAAAGCAACUUAGAUACACCACUGUCAAUGCCUCAUUAUAUCUCUCAUCUCCCAUCAUCUUAAUCCUCAUCCUUUUCCUGCCAAACCAUUUCUCCACUCAGUAUAAUCACUUCGUUUGUGUGUACAACCUCUCAAGGCAUGCAGAAUGCAGAUCUCUGGGGCUCGUUGUGUAUAAAUAUUUAUCCUAGAUGGAUUUCUUCCAGCAUACACAUUCUUUAUCUUUAUGUCCUACUUGUUAUCUGCCAAAGGAUGUCUGAGUUAGUGGGGAUAGCGCUUAUCAAAUAUAGACUUUUUCCACAUUUUGUUAUGUUACAGCCUUAUUCUAAAAUUGAUUAAAUUGUUUUUUUCCCUCAUCAAUCUACACACAAUACCCCAUAAUGACAAAGCAAAAACAGGUUUUUAGAAAUGCUUGCAAAUAAAACGGAAAUAUUACAUUUACAUAAGUAUUCAGACCCUUUACUCAGUACUUUGUUGAAGCACCUUUGGCAGCGAUUACAGCCUUGAGUCUUCUUGGGUAUGACGCUACAAGCUUGUCACACCGGUAUUUGGGGAGUUUCUCCCAUUCUUCUCUGCAGAUCCUCUCAAGCUCUGUCAGGUUGGAUGGGGAGCAUUGCUGCACAGCUAUUUUCAUGUCUCUCAAGAGAUGUUCGAUCGGGUUCAAGUCUGGGCUCUGGCUGGGCCACUCAAGGACAUUCAGAGACUUGCCCCGAAGCCACUCCUGUGUUGACUUGGCUGUGUGCUUAGGGUCGUUGUCCUGUUGGAAGGUGAACCUUCGCCCCAGUCUGAGGUCCUGAGCUCUCUGGAGCAGGUUUUCAUCAAGGGUCUCUCUGUACUUUGCUCCGUUCAUCUUUCCCUCGAUCCUGACUAGUCUCCCAGUCCCUGCCGUUGAAAAACAUCCCCACAGCAUAAUGCCGCCUCCACCAUGCUUCACCGUAGGGAUGGUGGCAGGUUUCCUCCAGACGUGACGCUUGGCAUUCAGGACAAAGAGUUCAAUCUUGGUUUCAUCAGACCAGAGGAUCUUGUUUAUCAUGGUCUGAGAGUCUUUAGGUGCCUUUUGACAAACUCCAAGCGGGCUGUCAUGUGCCUUUUAUUGAGGAGUGGCUUCCGUCUGGCCACUCUACCAUAAAGGCCUGACUGGUGGAGUGCUGUAGAGAUGGUUGUCCUUCUGGAAGGUUCUCCCAUCUCCACAGAGGAACUUUAGAGCUCUUUCAGAGUGACUAUCGGGUUCUUGAUCACAUCCCAGACCAAGGCCCUUCUCCCCUGAUUGCUCAGUUUGGCCGGGCGGCAGGCUCUAGGAAGAGUCUUGGUGGUUCCAAACUUAUUCCAUUUAAGAAUGAUGGAGGCCACUGUGUUCUUGGGGACCUUCAAUGCUGCAGACAUUUUUUGGUACCCUUCCCCAGAUCUGUGCCUCACCACAAUCCUGUCCUCGGAGCUCUACGGACAAUUCCUUUCGACCUCAUGGCUUGGUUUUAGCUCUGACAUGCACUGUCAACUAUGGGACCUUAUAUAGACAGGUGUGUGCCUUUCCAAAUCAUGUCCAAUCAAUCUAACUUACCACAGGUGGACUCCAAUCAAGUUGUAGCAACAUCUCAAGGAUGAUCAAUGGAAACAGGAUGCACCUGAGCUCAAUUUCGAGUCUCAUAGCAAAGGGUCUGAAUACUUAUGUAAAUAAGGUAUUUCCGGUUUUUAUUUUUAAUAAAUUAGCAAACAUUUCUAAAAACCUGUUUUCGCUUUGACGUUAUGGGGUAUUGUGUGUAGAUUGCUGAGGAUUAUAUAAAAAAAAAUCCAUUUUAGAAUAAGGCUGUAACGUAACAAAAUGUGGAAAAAGUCAAGGGAUCUGAAUACUUUCUGAAGGCACUGUACAUAUACUGUGUGCAGUAUGUGCUCAGUAUGUGGGAGGAAAGUAAAUGUUGCGCCUUCUUCCUGUUUCAUGCGUGGAUUUGGAUGGAAGCCACAAAGGGUGCAUUGAAAAGUCUGAGGACCUCAGCGGUAGCCUUUCUUCUUCUAAGGAAGAAAGGCUACCUUCUAAUCAGGGGUGAAAGUAUAAUUAAAAUGUGCACACGCUUGCACCCAAAAUAAUAAUGGGCCUAAUCAUAGAAUUACAUAUAGAAUCCCUAUUAAUUCAAUAGCAUCUCUGUGGGCCAAGUGGUAAAGAUUAGUCAUUUAACUUUUAAAAUGUAUUGUGGCAUAACACAGGCUGUCACUUCAAAGGGCUCCUUUACUAGGCAACCUGCAGAUGUUCAUCCACUCGCAACAUAUUUCCAGCCUCCAAACAGUGGUGAAUGGAAAGAGGCAUCUGUUACACAAAACAGCCAAAAGUGUAAUGACAUUUGCCGAUUGUCAUUAGGCCAGAAUUUAUGCGUCCACUGCUAUCCGCGCGCGUCUCAGUGUCGGCCACAUUUUUCAUGUCACUGACCGGUACAGCGUACCCCCAUGAUAUAUUUUGCCGGGAUGCCGGGAUGCCGUACCAGACCGUACCGCCUUACUUUCACCCCCUGGUUCUAAUCUACAGUAAAACAAUCUCCAGCGGUUAAAGUAAUAGCAAUCCUUAAAUUUCAAUUAGAGCCCGACCGAUAUAUCGUUAGAUAAUUCCAGCGAAAGCCGAUAUUCAAUAAAUGGGAUGAAAAAAGGGAAUCUCUUAUCUGAACACUUGCGACCAUUCUCAUGAUAUGUCAUUAUUGUCACAAUUUAAGAAAUCAACAAUUGAAGCAUAUUUCUUGGAAAAUUGCUCUUUUGGAUGGCAAAUUAUGAGAACUCAGUGUGGAAAAAUAACACUUUUCCUUCACUCAUCCCAAACCUUCUGAAUUGGGUUGAGGUCGGAUGAUUGUGGAGGCCAGGUCAUCUGAUGCAGCACUCCUUCACUCUCCUUGGUCAAAUAGCCCUUACACAGCCUGGAGGUGUCCUGUUGAAAAACAAAUGAUAGUCCCACUAAGCCCAAACCAGAUGGGAUGGGGUAUCGCUGCAGAAUGCUGUGGUAGCCAUGCUGGUUAAGUGUGCCUUGAAUUCUAAAUAAAUCACAGACAGUGUCACCAGCAAAGCACCCCCACAGCAUCACACCUCCUCCUCCAUGCUUCACGGUGGGAACCACACAUGCAGAGAUCAUCCGUUCACCUACUCUGCGUCUCACAAAGACACGGCGGUUGGAACCAAAAAAUCUUAAAUUUGGACUCAUCAAACCAAAGGACAGAUUUCCACCGGUCUAAUGUCCAUUGCUCGUGUUUCUCGGACCAAGCAAGUCUCUUAUUGGUGUCCUUUAGUAGUGGUUUCUUUGCAGCAAUUCGACCAUGAAGGCCUGAUUCACGCAGACUCCUCUGAACAGUUGAUGUUGAGAUGUGUCUGUUACUUGAACUCAGUGAAGCAUUUAUUUGGGCUGCAAUCUGAGGUGCAGUUAACUCUAAUGAACUUAUCCUCUGCAGCAGAGGUAACUCUGGGUCUUCCUUUCCUGUGGCGGUCCUUUCAAAGUUCUUGAAUUUUUCCGGAUUGACUGACCUUCAUGUCUUAAAGUAAUGAUGGACUGUCAUUUCUCUUUGCUUAUUUGAGCUGUUCUUGCCAUAAUAUGGACUUGGUCUUUUACCAAAUAGGGCUAUCUUCUGUAUACCUCCCUACAUUGUCACAUCACAACUGAUUGGCUCAAAAGCAUUAAGAAAGAAAGAAAUUCCACAAAUUAACUUUUAACAAGGCACACCUGUUAAUUGAAAUGCAUUCCAGGUGACUACCUCAUGAAGCUGGUUGAGAGAAUGCCAAGAGUGUGCGAAGCUGUCAUCAAGGCAAAGGGUGGCUACUUUGUUUAACACUUUUUUGGUUACUACAUGAUUCCAUAUGUGCUAUUUCAUAGGUUUGAUGUCUUUACUAUAAUUCUACAAUGUAGAAAAUAGUAAAAAAUAAAUAAAAACCCUUGAAUGAGUAGGUGUGUCCAAACUUUUGACUGGUACUUUAUAUCGGCAGAGAUAUCAUUCACUACAGCUGUGUGUUUGGGGUAUGAGGGAGGGAUUGGGGGUGGGUAAGGUGGCGGUUUUAAGUGAAUGAAUGACAUAGACAAAAGCCCCUUUAUAGCAACAGACGCCACCGGGGAGAUUACCCCCCAGAGCCAUGGUUUAUAGCAACAGACGCCACCGGGGAGAUUACCCCCCAGAGCCAUGGUUUAUAGCAACAGACGCCACCGGGGAGAUUACCCCCCAGAGCCAUGGUUUAUAGCAACAGACGCCACCGGGGAGAUUACCCCCCAGAGCCAUGGUUUAUAGCAACAGACGCCACCGGGGAGAUUACCCCCCCAGAGCCAUGGUUUAUAGCAACAGACGCCACCGGGGAGAUUACCCCCCAGAGCCAUGGUUUAUAGCAACAGACGCCACCGGGGAGAUUACCCCCCAGAGCCAUGGUUUAUAGCAACAGACGCCACCGGGGAGAUUACCCCCCAGAGCCAUGGUUUAUAGCAACAGACGCCACCGGGGAGAUUACCCCCCAGAGCCAUGGUUUAUAGCAACAGACGCCACCGGGGAGAUUACCCCCCAGAGCCAUGGUUUAUAGCAACAGACGCCACCGGGGAGAUUACCCCCCAGAGCCAUGGUCUGUAGCAACAGACGCCACCGGGGAGAUUACCCCCCAGAGCCAUGGUUUGUAGCAACAGACGCCACCGGGGAGAUUACCCCCCAGAGCCAUGGUUUAUAGCAACAGACGCCACCGGGGAGAUUACAUUUACAUUACAUUUUAGUCAUUUAGCAGACGCUCUUAUCCAGAGCGACUUACAGGAGCAAUUAGGGUUAAGUGCCUUGCUCAAGGGCACAUUAACGUCAUUUAGCAGACGCUCUUAGCCAGAGCGACUCACAAAUUGGUGCGUUCACCCUAUAGCCAGUGGGAUAACCACUUUACAAUUUGGGGGGGGGGGGGGGGGGUUAGAAGGAAUACUUUAUCCUAUCCCAGGUAUUCCUUAAAGAGGUGGGGUUUCAAAUGUCUCCGGAAGGUGGUGAGUGACUCCGCUGUCCUGGCGUCGUGAGGGAGCUUGUUCCACCAUUGGGGUGCCAGAGCAGCGAACAGUUUUGACUGGGCUGAGCGGGAGCUAUGCUUCCGCAGAGGAAGGGGAGCCAGCAGGCCAGAGGUGGAUGAACGCAAUGCCCUCGUUUGGGUGUAGGGACUGAUCAGAGCCUGAAGGUACAGAGGUGCCGUUCCCCUCACUGCUCCAUAGGCAAGCACCAUGGUCUUGUAGCGGAUGCGAGCUUCAACUGGAAGCCAGUGGAGUGUGCGGAGGAGGGGGGUGACGUGAGAGAACUUGGGAAGGUUGAACACCAGACGGGCUGCGGCAUUCUGGAUGAGUUGUAGGGGUUUAAUGGCACAGGCAGGGAGGCCAGCCAACAGCGAGUUGCAGUAGUCCAGACGGGAGAUGACAAGUGCCUGGACCAGGACCUGCGCCGCUUCCUGUGUAAGGAAGAGAUUGCACUCUCCGAAUGUUGUAGAGCAUGAACCUGCAGGAGCGGGUCACCGCCUUGAUGUUGGCGGAGAACGACAGGGUGUUGUCCAGGGUCACGCCUAGGCUCUUCGCACUCUGGGAGGAGGACACAGCGGAGUUGUCAACCGUGAUGGCGAGAUCAUGGAACGGGCAGUCCUUCCCCGGGAGGAAGAGCAGCUCCGUCUUGCCAGGGUUCAGCUUGAGGUGGUGAUCCGUCAUCCAUACUGAUAUGUCUGCCAGACAUGCAGAGAUGCGAUUCGCCACCUGGUUAUCAGAAGGGGGAAAGGAGAAGAUUAGUUGUGUAUCGUCAGCGUAGCAAUGAUAGGAAAGGCCAUGUGAGGAUAUGACAGAGCCAAGUGACUUGGUGUAUAGGGAGAAAAGGAGAGGGCCUAGAACCGAGCCCUGGGGGACACCAGUGGUGAGAGCACGUGGUGCGGAGACAGCUUCCCGCCACGCCACUUGGUAGGAGCGACCGGUCAGGUAGGACGCAAUCCAGGAGUGAGCCGCGCCGGAGAUGCCCAGCUCGGAGAGGGUGGAGAGGAGGAUCUGAUGGUUCACAGUAUCAAAGGCAGCAGACAGGUCUAGAAGGACAAGAGCAGAGGAGAGAGAGUUAGCUUUAGCAGUGCGGAGAGUCUCCGUGACACAGAGAAGAGCAGUCUCAGUUGAAUGACCGUCCUGAAACCUGAUUGGUUUGGAUCAAGAAGGUCAUUCUGAGAGAGAUAGCAAGAGAGUUGGCUAAAGACGGCACGCUCAAUAGUUUUGGAAAGAGCCAUGGUUUAUAGCAACAGACGCCACCGGGGAGAUUACCCCCCAGAGCCAUGGUUUAUAGAAACAGGACGCCACCGGGGAGAUUACCCCCCAGAGCCAUGGUUUAUAGCAACAGACGCCACCGGGGAGAUUACCCCCCAGAGCCAUGGUUUAUAGCAACAGACGCCACCGGGGAGAUUACCCCCCAGAGCCAUGGUUUAUAGCAACAGACGCCACCGGGGAGAUUACCCCCCAGAGCCAUGGUUUAUAGCAACAGACGCCACCGGGGAGAUUACCCCCCAGAGCCAUGGUCUGUAGGUGGGCACAUUUUGUUGUCAUGUUUCACAGUAAGCUGGGGUUUGCCAAGGUGAGCAAGACACAGCUAUCCAGAAUUGUCCUGUAGGGACAUGUCUGCUCUCUUUUCCUGGGUUUUCCCCAGUUUCCAUCUGACAGACUGCGGUUCUGUGUUUUUCGACCUCAUUGGCUCUUUAAGCCUGUUGUUGAAAUGCAACCCAACAUCCACCACCACAUGCUUGACUAAAACCAGUCACUUAUUCAGUUAUAUUGGACUACUGUUGAUGCCAAUGAGUUCAGCUGAGCUCAUCAACUAAUCUGUGUGCAGUAUGAUGUGGUGUUGCCCAGGGUUGGGCUUUAUUCCAUCUCAACUCAAUUCAUGUAAGAAAUACAUGUGCAUACAAAUCAUGAAUGGGGAAAAACGUGGAGCCAUCUAGGGUUAUGUCAAGUGUUGAGUCUAGACAUGAUGAUGCAAGAACAGAUCACUGACCAGUGACCACCAUCCUACUACAACAAAAAGUUACCACAGGCUACAAAUCUGAGUUGAGUAUAAAAUCACAGAAAUACCUUCAUUCAAAUCUAAAAUGUUUGUGUAAAAGUAUAGCUCCCUGAAUAUGUGAAAUAUUUACCUUUAGAGGUUCAGAGUAAACUAAGUUUUCCAAAUGGAGGGUUGGGACCUAUUGGUUGGUCGCAGCAAAAGCCUUCUUGGCUGCGGCACAAAGUUGGGAUCCUGGCUAGAAAUUUGUAUUUUAUUUUAUUUUAUUUCACCUUUAUUUAACCAGGUAAGCCAGUUGAGAACAAGUUCUCAUUUACAACUGCGACCUGGCCAAGAUAAAGCAAAGCAGUGCGAUAAAAACAACAACACAGAGUUACAUAUGGGGUAAAACAAAACAUAAAGUCAAAAAUACAACAGAAAAUAUAUAUACAGUGUGUGCAAAUGUAGCAAGUUAUGGAGGUAAGGCAAUAAAUAGGCUAUAGUGCAAAAUAAUUACAAUUAGUAUUAACACUGGAAUGAUAGAUGUGCAAGAGAUGAUGUGCAAAUAGAGAUACUGGGGUGCAAAUGAGCAAAAUAAAUAACAAUAUGGGGAUGAGGUAGUUGGGUGGGCUAAUUUCAGAUGGGCUGUGUACAGGUGCAGUGAUCGGUAAGGUGCUCUGACAACUGAUGCUUAAAGUUAGUGAGGGAGAUAAGAGUCUCCAGCUUCAGAGAUUUUUGCAAUUCGUUCCAGUCAUUGGCAGCAGAGAACUGGAAGGAAGGGCGGCCAAAGGAGGUGUUGGCUUUGGGGAUGACCAGUGAGAUAUACCUGCUGGAGCGCAUACUACGGGUGGGUGUUGCUAUGGUGACCAAUGCGCUAAGAUAAGGCGGGGAUUUGCCUAGCAGUGAUUUAUAGAUUGCCUGGAGCCAGUGGGUUUGGCGACUAAUAUGUAGUGAGGAGCAGCCAACAAGAGCGUACAGGUCACAGUGGUGGGUAGUAUAUGGGCUUUGGUGACAAAACGGAUGGCACUGUGAUAGACUACAUCCAAUUUGCUGAGUAGAGUGUUGGAGGCUAUUUUGUAAAUGACAUCGCCGAAGUCAAGGAUCGGUAGGAUAGUCAGUUUUACGAGGGCAUGUUUGGCAGCAUGAGUGAAGGAGGCUUUGUGGCCCUGUGGCACCCCCAUAGAGACUGCCAUAGGUCCAGACAGCAGGCCCUCCGAUUUGACACAUUGAACUCUAUCUGAGAAGUAGUUGGUGAACCAGACGAGGCAGUCAUUUGAGAAACCAAGGCUAUAUAGUCUGCCAAUAAGAAUGCGGUGGUUGACAGAGUCGAAAUGUGGUAUUGUUAAUGUUUAGUGAAGGAAAGUAAAGUAAGAAGUAAAGUCAUUAGGCUAUAGUUGGGUGAUGUCUCCAAAACGUUCUCAUAUCUCAGGCUAUCACAGACCAAAACAUUGCUAUCAGGUGAUAAAUACAUCUGUUGUAAAUCUGCCAGCGGUCCCAGCGGCAUACAAGGCUUCACAUAGAAUGGGGCAGUCCUCAGUUUUUAUGGGGCAGACCUGGAGCUGUCCCAUUGUGACAGAUGUGCAGGGAAAACACAUUUAGUUUGGCUUUCUCUCCUGCACAACUACUAUGUUGUUCUCCAGUGUCUUAAUCAGCAGAGGCCUGUAAAUGUAGGCUAUUGUCUGCAAAUCUGAACAAUGACUUAUUGGGCCUUUCUUUGAAACUCACAUCCAACUAAGAAAAUCAAACCCAUGCACCUCUCCCUCACAUAAGGAUGACAUCUGAUCCAAUGUCACAUGUUUCUAAUAAGCAUGGAACUCCUAACUCCCAUUGGAGCGUUUGUCUUUUAAAAACAUAUUUCAAAGCUUUUGAUGGUCCUGAGUUAUGAGUAAUUAAUUCCUCUGUGUGUGAUUGUUAUGAGCAUACUGAAUAGCUGACAAUAUGCUGGAGGGCAGUUUUCUUCUCAAUAGGUUUGGCCAAGUCUCACAAAGACGCUAUUUUGGCUCUGCUGGUGAGUGGUUAUUCUCACCGUAGUUAGCGUUUUUUCAUCAUGAAUGUUGUUCUGGAGGCAGCUCUGCAGAGUGGUCACUAGCUGGCACAGCCACAAUAUCAUAAAAUAUGAUUUUAAACCUAACCUUAACCACAUUGCUAACCCUAAUGCCUAACCCUAACCUUAAAUUAAGACCAAAAAGCUAUUUUUGUUUUCAUACAUUAUUACAAUAUAGACAAUUUUGACUUGACAGCUGGCCUAUCGAAGGGGAAAUCGCUCAGUUCUGCCUCCAGGACAAGACUCAUGAUAAACGUCAACCUGCGUUCUGCUUGGAGACUUUUUUGGCUAAAGUUCAUUACAUCAGCUGAACCCCAAAAGAUCUGAACUAACUGUCUUGCCCAAAAAAUAUAGGUGGUCUAUUAAAUAGUAUUAUGAAAGUUUAUUUUUUAAAUAUUGGAUGAAAAGUGAGCACCUGCCCUUGAAUGUUUUUGAAGUUGCUUGCUCUUGCAGCAUUCUUCAACACAGUAUCUGCACUUUGAUAUUAGAGUAGCAACGUCAAAACCCUUGGCUGAACACAGUGUGCAACAUCCUAAAUUGUCUGAAAGUCCGAAAAUGGUGGUGGAAAACUGUAUUUUAUUAAGACAUUACACAUAUUUUUCCAGUUUUUUAAAGGUAGUUAAGGAGGGAAAUUAUGCCUUUGCAGCCUGAAUGGUGGAUGCUUUAUGUACGAGCCGGUCCACGGGGGACACGAGUGUAUUAACGGCUGGGCACAUCAAUUCUAGAUGAUAACGCAGAUCUAGCGCCCACUAUCAGCUGCCUAGGCUACUUACUAAUCAAAUUGGGGUUUCUUCCAUACAUCAAGGUCAGUGUCAUUGUGAUCAAAAACAUAUUUUAAGAUAGACAUGGGAUGAAAUCGAAUGGCUACAGAAUUUACAGAAUAACUUGGAGAUAGGAGGGAAAGCUUUCUCAUUCAAUGGCUGAAAAGCAGAAGGGUACCUGGUUACCUAUUAUGUUAGAUCGUACAACUGAUAGACCUAAAUGGGAUUCCUCUCUUAAUGUCCAUCUGCAAGGUUUGAGCAAGGAAGUUAGCGUGUACUAGGACCUGAUCACAACAUCCAAGUCUUAAAAGCCUUUGCGAAAAUGCACCACUGCAUCAAAGCCUCUCAUGUUAGACUUUUAAUGGCCGUUUAAAAAUAGCGUGUUCACAAAUUACAGCUUUUAAAAGGUACCCUCGGGCUGUCGGAUGCAGAAGCAUUUUUAAGACCGUUAAAACAAGAAAGAAACUACAAUUCACCCUAUUUCACCUCUACAACCGUCAUCCCUCCCAUAGAAAAAAGCCAGAGAAGGAAAUGUUUCCAAGCCUUCACAGCUGCUUUUUAGGAAACCAGUAAACUGUAAUAAAGCGAAGCCAAAGAUAGAGCAAGGAUAAAGUGGUGAGAGGGUUCAGCCCUCCAACCCCUCCCUGUCCUCCACCCAAUCAACUCUCCACCCAGUCAAUUAACAGACCAAUUCCCUCUAAAUUCUCUGGAGGAAAUUGGACUAAUAACCCCUUGUUGAUUUAUCUGGGUCCCGGAAACCCAGCUCCUUCUGAGGUUCUCUGUCAGAACGUUACAGUAAUGUACCAUGCCGCCAUUUCCUGUGAUGACAAUGUCUUGCGAUGCAGCUAUCUAAAAACAUUAAUUCAAUUUUCUGUUUGAUUUAGUUUAAUGUAAUUUGAUUCACUGGACUGCAUUUGUAGCCUUUGCGAUUUUGUCAAAACAUUUACAUUCUUUGAACGGUACUUAGUUGCACAUACCUCUGUUCACAGGGAUGGCCUCAGAAGACCCACCCAUAUGGCCUGAAGAAGAGGGCAAGGUUUGGCCAUACUCAGGACACUCUGAAGGAACCAUUGCACCCCUCGGAAGGUGUCUAUCCAGAGACUGUGUUGCCAUGGAAUGGCACAGAGUUGGUCUGGAACCGGCCUCGCUGCGGUGUUCCAGACUAUCCUACUCAGAAAGGUGGCAUCUCGGACUACCACAUGCAGAAGGGGGGCACCUUUGGAGGAAAGCAGCGGCGGAAGCGCUUCGUUCUCUUUGGGGGGCGCUGGGACAAGACUGACCUCACCUACAAGUAAGGUUAUUGUUCUUUGGUCGCUCUAGACAUAUCCAUGCGUUGCUUUUUCACUGGGGUCUGCUUUUCCUGAGUUUUCUCAGGAUUUUUUUUAUACAUGGUGCACAAAUUCAAGAGGUUAUCACUGAUGUCUGUAGUUUAGCCAGCAGGGACAGAGACACAAAGGCAACCCCUGUCAUGGUAAACUGGUUCACUUAUACAGUACACUGGCUGCUACUGGCUGACAAAGGCCACUACAUUGUUCUGAAUGAAAUGCGGGUUAUGUGUACAUCAUAUGUAUCACACUGGUCCCCAACCCAGCACCCCAGCUUAUUUUAUAUGCUCAAAAUCAAGACUAAUUUGGGUUAGGCCACCUGAAGCCAAAACUUCUAAAGAGACACAUUUCAGUGAUGGAUAAUUUACUUUGUUGUAGACUUGCAACUGCUGCCUAAGGAUAGGCUGCCCAGUCAGUCUAUGUAGAUGUGAAUUCAGUGUUUGGCUGAGUUCAUGUUUUUGAUACAAUUUCAAACCAGACAUGGCAGAAAACUAGGAGGCACUACUUCAAUUUACUUUGGGAUUUCUUUGCCUUUGAAGCACCUUUUGAUUGACAUGGUGACCUUGUGCCCUCGGGGUCGCCUGCACUCCUCCCUGUGUUUGGACUGCCUCGCCUCCUCCAUUAACUCCAUUAAAGUCAAAAGACCGCUACACCGGACAUUUGCCACCCAGCCCCUCUGUCAUUUGGAGUCGGGUGGGGUCGCGACCUGAAAAAACACAGCCAUUUACAAGACAGUGUCAGCGCACUCAAGCAUGUUACAGCAGAGCAGCUCACAUGCUUCCUGGUGUCUUCACAUACAGCUCAGCAGGAAGGGGACUGAGAGGGGAAAGGUCAAGCUAAUAGUUACUUCCAGGGGAGUGUUAUCAGUAGAGCAACACUGAGUCUUUGUCAUGGAAAGCAAUUUCCUUUUCAGCACGACAGUAAGUGUCACUCGUGAUUUUUCUUUUUGAGAUGAUGUAGAAACAUAAAAGAGAGACAUUAAAGGAGAAAUCCACUCAAAAACAAUAUUUUGGUAUUUUUUUCAUUAAUCCACUGUUGAUACAGUACCAAAACAUUUUGCAUGUCAGCAGUCAAGUUUUCAAGAUAUAGGAUUUUGUCACGUGCCACAUAAGCCAUUGGGCCCGCCCUGCAACGUCAUUGGAUAACGCUGGGCAGGCCUCUUGCUAGCUGUCAAUCAACUUGCUAGGGGGCUGGACCAUGUGGGGGUAAAAUGUAGGGAACAUGGUGCGGCACAGCUUAAAAAAAACAGUUGCUUUCAAACUAGGGAUUUUGUGGCUAAUUUAGGUAAAACAGUAAUUCUGCUCAUAGAUAAUGCAUGUAUGAACUAUACAUUGACACAUCCAGCCAAAAGCAGGAUGUUUAAAAAAUACUCUCUUAGUCGCCAAAGUGCCGGAGCAUGACUUUAACAGUGGACUAAUGAAAAAAAUACAGAAAUAUAGUUUUUGAGUGGAUUUUUUCUUUAACGGCGUAGAAUUUGUAUAUUAUGUUGUAUGAAUAGUGAGCUUCUGUUUUAAUGUGAAAAAUGCCAUAUGUAUUGAUCAAGCAUAAAAAUGCUGUGUAUGAUCAACUACCUUUCCCCAAACAAACACCAAUAGAUUGCAUCAUACAGUAAGUCAUCAUUACUCAUGAUCCCUUUGAGGUAGCCACUUAUUCAGUGUCCCUAAAUAUAGCUUCAUGGUCAUUUCACUGAACCUCCGUGCCCUGCACUCCCUCUCACACACAAUCAUUUCUGUACACACAGCUUUUCAAGAAAUAAACUAAUAAUUGUACGAUUGUACAGGACAGUAGGGGUGUGUACUGUACUCUGCUGGCUCAUCACAUUUUAACCUCAGGAGACACACAACAGCACAGAGCGGGACCUGCCUCUUUUGGCCCGCGAGCCAGCAAUCAGCACUGUUGUCCCCGCUCUGGUUCCAGAGUGGCUGUGGUGAGGGGGGUCAUUACCAGGCCAGCGUUUUGCUGUCUCCUCUGUGAUGACUAAUAAUAACGGGCCGUAGCAUUAGCAACACAGUGACUGUUCCACAUUCUGGAACUGAACUCCCAGGACACAGAUUUAAUGGGUGUCUGCUGCAGCCGCGGGGGCCCUGGUUGGAAUCGGGCCCCGGCAUGCAUCACUGUGGCAGGGUUAGGGAGGUUGUUGAGGUAGAGUGGGGUUAUACAGCAACAGCACAAGGCUGGCCUCUCCUGUCUGGGCAUGUAUGUAGGGCCUCCACACAAUCAAAUCAAAUCAAAUUUAAUUUGUCAUGUGCUGAAGACAACAGUAGUAGACCAUACCGUGAAAUGCUUACUUGAGCACAAUCCAUUUCUACAACCCCCCCAUUCAUUAUGAAAUCUAAAAUGAAGAAUGAAAGUGAUAGCUGCCAUGGCUGGUAUCCAGGGAGGCACUAGGGGAAAUCUCUGCAGGGCAGUGGGGGUAACAGAUUGCAACAGAAAGCGGGGGUGAAUGAUUGUACUGGCGCCCACUGAGAAACCCAUAAUAUGAAACACGAGACGGACAUUGAGACUGAACAUGUCACGGUUCUUUAAAUGUCCUCCAUGGGGUGUCGCCUGGUAAUAACGAGCGCUGCCCUUUCUGUCUGUCAACACCUGUCAUAAUAAUGCAGGUCCUACUGGUUGGACGGACGCACACACAACCUCUGUCAACUCAGCAUUCAGCCUUGCUGCAUGGUAAUCCACAACAACUGUGAACAAGUGAAAGUUAUGUUUGUAUGUACUGCACAUUACCUAUGCCUCGUAUGAAUCCAAAUACAUCAAAUCAAAUGUUAUUUGUCACAUGCACCAAAUACAACAGGUGUAGCCUUUACAGUGAAAUGCUUACUUACGAGCCCUUUCCCAACAAUGCAGAGUUAAAAAGUAAGACAAUUAGCAAAUAAAAAUAGAAAAUAACAAUAACGAGGCUAUAUACAAAGGAGUACCGAGUCAAUGUGCAGGGGUUCGAGGUACAGUGAGAUAAAAAAGUAUUUGAUCCCCUGCUGAUUUUGUACGUUUGCCCACCGACAAAGAAAUGAUCAGUCUAUAAUUUUAAUGGUACGUUUAUUUGAACAGUGAGAGACAGAAUAACAACAAAAAAAUCCAGAAAGACGCAUGUCAAAAAUGUUAUAAAUUGAUUUGCAUUUUAAUGAGGGAAAUAAGUAUUUGACCCCCUCUCAAUCAGAAAGAUUUCUGGCUCCCAGGUGUCUUUUAUACAGGUAACGAGCUGAGAUUAGGAGCACACUCUUAAAGGGAGUGCUCCUAAUCUCAGUUUGUUACCUGUAUAAAAGACACCUGUCCACAGAAGCAAUCAAUCAAUCAGAUUCCAAACUCUCCACCAUGGACAAGACCAAAGAGCUCUCCAAGGAUGUCAGGGACAAGAUUGUAGACUUACACAAGGCUGGAAUGGGCUACAAGACCAUCGCCAAGCAGCUUGGUGAGAAGGUGACAACAGUUGGUGCGAUUAUUGGCAAAUGGAAGAAACACAAAAUAACUGUCAAUCUCCCUCAGCCUGGGGCUCCAUGCAAGAUCUCACCUCGUGGAGUUGCAAUGAUCAUGAGAACGGUGAGGAAUCAGCCCAGAACUACACGGGAGGAUCUUGUCAAUGAUCUCAAGGCAGCUGGGACCAUAGUCACCAAGAAAACAAUUGGUAACACACUAUGCCGUGAAGGACUGAAAUCCUGCAGCGCCCGCAAGGUCCCCCUGCUCAAGAAAGCACAUAUACAUGCCCGUCUGAAGUUUGCCAAUGAACAUCUGAAUGAUUCAAAGGAGAACUGGGUGAAAGUGUUGUUGUCAGAUGAGACCAAAAUCGAGCUCUUUGGCAUCAACUCAUCUCGCCGUGUUUGGAGGAGGAGGAAUGCUGCCUAUGACCCCAAGAACACCAUCCCCACCAUCAAACAUGGAGGUGGAAACAUUGUGCUUUGGGGGUGUUUUUCUGCUAAGGGGACAGGACAACUUCACCGCAUCAAAGGGACGAUGGAUGGGGCCAUGUACCGUCAAAUCUUGGGUGAGAACCUCCUUCCCUCAGCCAGGGCAUUGAAAAUGGGUCGUGGAUGGGUAUUCCAGCAUGACAAUGACCCAAAAGACACGGCCAAGGCAACAAAGGAGUGGCUCAAGAAGAAGCACAUUAAGGUCCUGGAGUGGCCUAGCCAGUCUCCAGACCUUAAUCCCAUAGAAAAUCUGUGGAGGGAGCUGAAGGUUCGAGUUGCCAAACGUCAGGCUCGAAACCUUAAUGACUUGGAGAAGAUCUGCAAAGAGGAGUGGGACAAAAUCCCUCCUGAGAUGUGUGCAAACCUGGUGGCCAACUACAAGAAACGUCUGAACUCUGUGAUUGCCAACAAGGGUUUUGCAACCAAGUACUAAGUCAUGUUUUGCAGAGGGGUCAAAUACUUAUUUCCUUCAUUAAAAUGCAAAUCAAUUUAUAACAUUUUUGAGAUGCGUUUUUCUGGAUUUUUUUUGUUGUUAUGCUGUCUCUCACUGUUCAAAUAAACCUACCAUUAAAAUUAUAGACUGAUCAUGUCUUUGUCAGUGGGCAAAUGUACAAAAUCAGCAGGGGAUCAAAUAUUUUUUUCCCUCACUGUAGUUGAGGAAAUGUGUACAGUUGAAGUCUACAUAGUUUACAUACACCUUAACCAAAUACAUUUAAACUCAGUUUUUCACAAUCCCUGUCAUUUAAUCCUAGUAAAAGUUCCCUGUCUUAGGUCAGUUAGGAUCACCACUUUAUUUUAAGAAUGUGAAAUGUCAGAAUAAUAGUAGAGAGAAUGAUUUAUGUCAGCUUUUAUUUCUUUCAUCACAUUCCCAGUGGGUCAGAAGUUUACAUACACUCAAUUAGUAUUUGGUAGCAUUGCCUUUAAAUUGUUUAACUUGGGUCAAACAUUUCGGGUAGCCUUCCACAAGCUUCCCACAAUAAGUUGGGUGAAUUUUGGCCCAUUCCUCCUGACAGAGCUGGUGUAACUGAGUCAGGUUUGUAGGCCUCCUUGCUCGCACACGCUUUUUCAGUUCUGCCCACAAAUGUUCUAAAGGCUUUGUGAUGGCCACCAGAAUACCUUGACUUUGUUGUCCUUAAGUCAUUUUGCCACAACUUUGGAAGUAUGCAUGAGUUCAUUGUCCAUUUGGAAGACCCAUUUGCGACCAAGCUUUAACUUCCUGACUGAUGUCUUGAGAUGUUGCUUCAAUAUAUCCACAUAAUUUUCCAUCCUCAUGAUGCCAUCUAUUUUGUGAAGUGCACCAGUCCCUCCUGCAGCAAAGCACCCCCACAGCAUGAUGCUGCCACCCCCGUGCUUCACGGUCGGGAUGGUGUUCUUCGGCUUGCAAGCAUCCCCCUUUUUCCUCCAAACAUAACGAUGGUCAUUAUGGCCAAACAGUUAUAUUUUUGUUUAAUCAGAUCAGAGGACAUUUCUCCAAAAAGUAUGAUCUUUGUCCCCAUGUGCAGUUGCAAACCGUAGUCUGGGUUUUGGAGCAGUGUCUUCUUCCUUGCUGAGCGGCCUUUCAGGUUAUGUCGAUAUAGGACUUGUUUUACUGUGGAUGUAGAUACUUUUGUACCUGUUUCCUCCAGCAUCUUCACAAGGUCCUUUGCUGUUGUUCUGCACUUUUCGCACCUAAGUACGUUCAUCUUUAGGAGACAGAACGCGUCUCCUUCCAUAGCGGUAUGAUGGCUGCAUGGUCCGAUGUGUUUAUACUUGCAUACUAUUGUUUGUACAGAUGAACCUUCGUGCAUUUGGAAAUUGCUCCCAAGGAUGAACCAGACUUGUGGAGGUCUACAAUGUCUUGGCUGAUUUCUUUUGAUUUUCCCAUGAUGUCAAGCAAAGAGGCACAGAGUUUGAAGGUAGGCCUUGAAAUACAUCCACAGAUACACCUCCAAUUGACUCAAAUGAUGUCAGUUAGCCUAUCAGAAGCUUCUAAAGCCAUGACAUCAUUUUCUGGAAUUUUCCAAGCUGUUUAAAGGCACAGUCAACUUAGUGUAUGUAAACUUCUGACCCACUGGAAUUGUGAUACAGUGAAUUAUAAGUUUUGGAUUUUUUUUUAUAACCCAACCCUGAUCUGUACUUCUCCACAACUUUGUCCCUGACCUGUUUGGAGAGCUGCUUGGUCUUCAUGGUGCCACUUGGUGCCCCUUGCUUAGUGGUGUUGCAGACUCUGGGGCCUUUCAGAACAGGUGUAUAUAUACUGAGAUCAUGUGACACUUAGAUUGCACACAUGUGGACUUUAUUUAACUAAUUAUGUGACUUCUGAAGGUAAUUGGUUGCGCCAGAUCUUAUUUAGGAGCUUCAUAGCAAAGGGGGUGAAUACAUAUGCACGCACCACUUUUCCAUUAUAUAUUUUUUAGAAUGUUUUGAAACAAGUUAUUUUUUAAAUUUCACUUUACCAAUAUGGACUAUUUUGUCUAUGUCCAUUACAUGAAAUCCAAAUAAAAAUCCAUUUAAAUUACAUGUUGUAAUGCAACAAAAUAGGAAAAACGCCAAGGGGGAUGAAUGCUUUUGCAAGGCACUGUAUGUGAAGUGUAAAUGUGUAUGUGUGUGUGUGUGUGUGUGUGUGUGUAGCGUCAAUAUGCAUGUGUAUGUGUGUGAGUGUAUGUGUGUUGGAGUGUCAGUUUAAGUAUGUGUGAGUGUGUGGGUAGAGUCCAGUGAGUGUGCAUAGAGUCCAUGCAUGAGAGUCAGUGCAAAAAUAGGUCAAUGCAAAUAGUCCAGGUAGCCAUUUGAUUAACCUCUACGGGAUCGGUGGCCAUAUGCGGGACGGUUGAGCUAACGUGCGCUAAUGUGAUUAGCAUGACUGUUGUAAGUAACAGCAAAUUUUACAGGACAUAGACAUGUCUUAUAUUAAAUUCUUGUUCAUCUACAGUGGGGAAAAAAAGUAUUUAGUCAGCCACCAAUUGUGCAAGUUCUCCCACUUAAAAAGAUGAGAGAGGCCUGUAAUUUUCAUCAUAGGUACACGUCAACUAUGACAGACAAAUUUAGAUUUUUUUUCUCCAGAAAAUCACAUUGUAGGAUUUUUUAUGAAUUUAUUUGCUAUUUAUGGUGGAAAAUAAGUAUUUGGUCACCUACAAACAAGCAAGAUUUCUGGCUCUCACAGACCUGUAACUUCUUAUUUAAGAGGCUCCUCUGUCCUCCACUCGUUACCUGUAUUAAUGGCACCUGUUUGAACUUGUUAUCAGUAUAAAAGACACCUGUCCACAACCUCAAACAGUCACACUCCAAACUCCACUAUGGCCAAGACCAAAGAGCUGUCAAAGGACACCAGAAACAAAAUUGUAGACCUGCACCAGGCUGGGAAGACUGAAUCUGCAAUAGGUAAGCAGCUUGGUUUGAAGAAAUCAACUGUGGGAGCAAUUAUUAGGAAAUGGAAGACAUACAAGACCACUGAUAAUCUCCCUCGAUCUGGGGCUCCACGCAAGAUCUCACCCCGUGGGGUCAAAAUGAUCACAAGAACGGUGAGCAAAAAUCCCAGAACCACACGGGGGGACCUAGUGAAUGACCUGCAGAGAGCUGGGACCAAAGUAACAAAGCCUACCAUCAGUAACACACUACGCCGCCAGGGACUCAAAUCCUGCAGUGCCAGACGUGUCCCCCUGCUUAAGCCAGUACAUGUCCAGGCCCGUCUGAAGUUUGCUAGAGUGCAUUUGGAUGAUCCAGAAGAGGAUUGGGAGAAUGUCAUAUGGUCAGAUGAAACCAAAAUAGUUUUACCAACUUUUUGGUAAAAACUCUACUCGUCGUGUUUGGAGGACAAAGAAUGCUGAGUUGCAUCCAAAGAACACCAUACCUACUGUGAAGCAUGGGGGUGGAAACAUCAUGCUUUGGGGCUGUUUUUCUGCAAAGGGACCAGGACGACUGAUCCGUGUAAAGGAAAGAAUGAAUGGGGCCAUGUAUCGUGAGAUUUUGAGUGAAAACCUCCUUCCAUCAGCAAGGGCAUUGAAGAUGAAACGUGGCUGGGUCUUUCAGCAUGACAAUGAUCCCAAACACACCGCCCGGGCAACGAAGGAGUGGCUUCGUAAGAAGCAUUUCAAGGUCCUGGAGUGGCCUAGCCAGUCUCCAGAUCUCAACCCCAUAGAAAAUCUUUGGAGGGAGUUGAAAGUCUGUGUUGCCCAGCGACAGCCCCAAAACAUCACUGCUCUAGAGGAGAUCUGCAUGGAGGAAUGGGCCAAAAUACCAGCAACAGUGUGUGAAAACCUUGUGAAGACUUACAGAAAACGUUUGACCUGUGUCAUUGCCAACAAAGGGUAUAUAACAAAGUAUUGAGAAACUUUUGUUAUUGACCAAAUACUUAUUUUCCACCAUAAUUUGCAAAUAAAUUCAUUAAAAAUCCUACAAUGUGAUUUUCUGGAUUUGUUUUUCUCAUUUUGUCUGUCAUAGUUGACGUGUACCUAUGAGGAAAAUUACAGGCCUCUCUUAUCUUUUUAAGUGGGAGAACUUGCACAAUUGGUGGCUGACUAAAUACUUUUUUUCCCCACUGUAACUACACUGUCCAAUUUACAGUAGCUAUUACAGUGAAAAAAUACCAUUCUAUUGUUUGAGGAGAGUGCGCAACAACAAAACUUAUCACGGCAACUGGUUUGAUUCAUUCACCUCUGAAGGUAAAUAAUGUACUUACAUUCAGUAAUCUUGCUCUGAUUUGUCAUCCUGAGGGUCCCAGAGAUAAAAUGUAGCAUAGUUUUGUUUGAUGAAAUCAAUUUUUAUAUUCAAAUGUAGGAACUGGGUUCUACAGUUUGAACCCUUGCUGUCUCUGGCUCCACACCCACCCCGCCCGGCCAUCUAGAUGUGUGAAAGUUAGUGUAUAAGCUAAUGAUCCAUCAUGUAUGACAUUCCUGGGAGUGUGUAAACUUAUAUUUUGUAUUACCAUAUCAUUUUUGUAUGUUCUCUAUAGUUAUGUACUUGAAAAUGUAUCAAUUGACCAAUUCAGCACAUUUGGGCAGACUUGAUACAAAAUAGUCCAGUAUUGCAAUGCUUCACUGGAUCAAUCUGAAAUGUUGCACACACACACUGCUGUCAUCUAGUGGCCAAAAUUGUGCCUAAACUGCAAUAUUAUAUUGUGACCUUUCUCUUGCAUUUCAAAGAGGAUGGAUUUUUUAAAAACAAUAGAAAACACAUGUAUUUUUGUUUGUAUUAUCUUUUACCAGAUCUAAUGUGUUAUAUUCUCCUACAUUAAUUUGACAUUUCCACAAACUUCAAUGUGUUUACUUUCAAAUGGUAUCAAGAAUAUGCAUAUCCUUGAUUCAAGUCCAGUUAGAUUUGGGUAUGUCAUUUUAGGCGAAAAUUGAAAAAAAGGGUCAGAUCCUUAAGAGGUUAACUGUUCAGCAGUUUUAUGGCUUGGGGGUAGAAGCUGUUCUGGAGCCUUUUGGUCUUAGACAUGGCACUUCGGUACCUCUUGCCAUGCGGUAGCAGAGUGAACGGGUCUAUGGCUUGGGUGGCUGGGGUCUUUGACAAUUUUCCGGGCCUUCCUCUGACACUGCCUGGUACAGUGCAUUCGGAAAGUAAUUUAUUUUUAAAAAUGUUCCCUCAUCAAUACCCCUUAAUGACAAAGCAACAACAGGUUUUUAGAAAUGUUUGCACAUUUAUAAAAAAACUGUAUUCAGACCCUUUACUCAGUACUUUGUUGCACCUUUGGCAGGGAUUACAGCCUCGAGUGAGGCUUCUCUCUCACAACAACAAGAUUAUCCCAGGCCAAGAUCACCCCGUGGCCCAUGAAGCAACCAGAGAAGGGUGACACUCACUCUGCCCCCUGCAAGAGGAUUAUGGGUAGAACAUAAAGAUGGCGAUCGCGCGGGUGGUCUCUGACACAAGUUUGUGUGUGUGUGUUUCACAGGAUCAUGCGCUUCCCUUGGCAGUUGAGUAAGGAGAAAGUCCGUCAAAUCUUGCAGGAGGCUCUGUACGUGUGGAGUGAAGUCACGCCCUUGAAGUUCACGGAGGUCAGCAGUGGGAGAGCUGACAUCAUCAUCGACUUUACCAGGUAAUCAUCAAACUACAGGUGUAGGAUCUUAAUUUGACCAGUGUUGUCGUAGCAACAUAAUCCUGCAGCAACAAGAUUUUAAUGUUUAGUUUAGUCCAUAAUGUGGCUUGGUCGAUGGUUAGACUAUUAGCUGGCCAAAAUUAGGCUACAUAAAAAGUGCAAUACUGUAAAUAUAACCGUGUGUUAGUGUGGGUUUUCAGUGAAUUUAUGUAAAUCACAAAGCUCAUCUGCAUUUACUGUGGUGCAGAACACUCUGAGAACCUGAGGCAAGCUUGGGAUCAACUCUAUUUCAGCUCACUUAUUUCAGAAAAUCAAUUGAAAUUCCAUUCAUGCACUGAAAAAUGUCCUAUUGAUUUCUAUUACCGUUUUUAAAUAUGCUUUCAAUAUAACAGCAUUACUGGUCAUAUGACUCGGUGUGUUGGUACACAUCAUCAAUACUAUGUAUGUAUCAUUGGCAGGGGCGGUGUGUUCAAUAGGGCGAUAUGGGCGACGCACUGCCAAACGGGAAAAGGAAGGGAUUUUUUUUCUAAUCAAUUAUAUCACGGCAACAGUAGUUAUCAGUGUUGUAAUCUAGACGUCUGAUCAGCCACUAAAUGUCCAAUCAGGCUAAAGUCGUGCUUCAAAUGGCCCCCCCCCUUUUGGGGCGAUUUCAGUCAGGUUGAAAAUCACCCAGAAGUCUGUCAUAGACUCCCAUGUAAAAUCAAUUUUUUUCAAAUAUCAGAGCUUUCAAUACAAUCUCUAUGGGUUUCUGAGGGCUUGCACUUACGCGCUUUCGUCAUACGUAACAUAACCAUGAACGUAACUAAGAAAAGAGCGGGUAGCCUCAUCAAUCAAUUCACUACUACUGUGAAAAUGGCUAGGCUUCAGUGCAACUCGAUUGUGUCUUUGAAAGAAGUUCCUUUUUGUCGGCGAACAAAUGAAGAUAAAUUGGCAACGAAACAAUUAGGACCUCCCAGACCAAAUUUAAUAAUUCAACAGGUUUCUACUAAAGGGGGGAAGUCCUACACCCGAGGAUUUUCCAAAAAUUGGUACGAACGAAAAACCUGGCUAGCAGGCUGCGAUGUAGCUAAUGCAGUCUUCUGCUACCCCCCUGCUUACUCUUUCACCCUGAAGGCGGCACGGCAGACAGCACCGCUUGGACAGCGACUGGUGUGUAACGGACAUGCACCAUCUUUCAGGAAAGAUUAAGAAACAUGAGCUGUCAAAGACCCACAUGGAUAGCUGUUUGAGAUUGUCUGCUUUGGGGAGAGUGAACAUUCCCACUCAACUGGAUGAGGGAUACAGGCUAGCUGUCCGCCGCCACAACGAUGAGGUUAGUGUUGAUAAUCACAAGUUUACUGGAGAACUGAAACUGACAAGGCUGACAAGAUAGGACCCUUUUGUCCAUUGUUAUUGGAUAGGAACAGAACUUAUAACCAGCUCCUGACCUAAAUAGAUCUUAGCACAACAUUUUACUCAACAUAUCAUAUUCCAUAUUCACUAUAACAAAUAUAUUUACUACGACAUUAGCAAGAACCGCCACAUCCUCAGCCGGCUAAUCCAGUGUGUGAAGUUUUGCGGAGUGUUUGAGUUAGCUUUGCGAGGCAAAGAUGAAACUGAGGGCUCCACCAACCCUGGUAAGCCAACACUUUUGAGAUCAGUCAAUAAAUGCUUCUGGUAUUGACUUAUAUGCUGCCCCUGUCUUCAUGUUGUUGCUGGACAUAUCUUUUUUUAAAUGUGUGUAAGUCACCUAAAUCAUCAGAAAAAUUGCCCCCCCUGAGAAUUUUUUCAGGAGCCGCCACUGAUCAUUGGUAUGUCUUGUAUCACUUUCCUGACUCACUCAAUAUGACUGCGCUUAUCUGUGAAGCACUCAAACUUUACUACAAAUAUUACUAAUGCUAACACCCAGCACAUCCUAUUUUGUCUGUCUAGUGCUUCUUAUCAGGUUCAUCUUGUUGACUUAAAGAGGUGAAGUUCUCAUCUUAUCAGACAAAAACACAAGGACCUUUUUUAAAAAGAGAAGUUGAGGGAUUAGCGUUGAUGGUUGUAUAGAUAACCAGCUUUGCUGUUGGAUAUUCAUACAGCUGUGUUCUGGGCUUGUUAUCUGUUAGGGAAAUAGGGGCGUGGUGUUACAGCUAGUACAGCAUUUCUCACUGGCCCAGCACUAGUGUUCAGGUAUCGCGGUCCAAUCACCAACCUUGAGGGCAAUUUCCAUUUUACUCCAAAAAUGUGAAGCAGGUAUGUAUUAAUUGGUGAAUGGCCAUUUUAUUUUCAAAGAAAUGUUAUUCCUGAAUUAUAUUUUCUAAUUCAAACCCUGAACUCACCAACUCAGUUAAACUGAGUUGAAUUGACCCCAACCCUGCCCGUCACUCACCCAUGUCUAUAAUAAGCCAUGCUCAAGUGCGGAUUCCCCCCGGAGGGUAGUUCUCCAGGAACAGGGUUGGAGAGCCCUGUUCUAUAUCUAUGGAUGCAACCCAGUUGUUAGUUCGAUCACUAUGCAUGCCGGCAACGUUAACUGGAUUUAAUCGCUGUGGUAUGAGCCGUAACUCAAUGCCCCCGCAGUGCAAUUGGGCUGAGCAAUGGCAUAGUUUAGGACCUUUUACCUUACAUCAAAAAGAUGCCUCAGUAAUGACAUGAUGUUCAGUUACUGUACUAGGUUGGAUCUUGACAUCAAGAGGGUUAUGGAGUCCCAAGAUUAGUUAUAGACCCAGAUGUUUUACUGUCUGCAAUGACAACAUUACUUUGAUUAUUUACUGUACAGAAGGUCCAUGGAGCCUACUUGAAUAUCUGAGCAGAAAGGAAAGGAUCAAAUGUCAAUUUCCCCUUUGAAUGCAUCUUAAUUAAUGUUGAAAUGGAUACAUGGAUACAUCCUCAACUGGCGGCCGGCGGGUAGUUUUAUUUGGCCCCCCAAAUUUUCUGAGCCAAAUUAAAUAUUUUUAUACUGAACACAAAUAUAAUAAUAUAAUAAUAAUAUGCCAUUUAGCAGACGCUUUUAUCCAAAGCGACUUACAGUCAUGUGUGCAUACAUUUUUACAUAUGGGUGGUCCCGGGGAUCGAACCCACUACCCUGGCGUUACAAGCGCCAUGUACCAAUUGAGCUACAGAGGACCACAAAAUAUAAACGCAAAAUGCAACAAUUUCAACGAUUUUACUGACUUACAGUUCAAAUAAGGAAAUCAGUCAAUUGAAAUAAAUUCAUUAGGCCCUAAUCUAUGAAUUUUACAUGACUGGGCAGGGGUGCAGCCAUGGGUGGGCCUGGGAGGGUAUAGGCCCACCCACUGGGGAGCCUGGCCCAGCCAAUCAGAAUGCGUUUUUCCCCACAAAAGGGCUUUAUUACAGACAGAAAUACUCCUUAGUUUCAUCAGCUGUCCGGGUGGCUGGUCUCAGACGAUCCCGCAGGUGAAGAAGCCGGAUGUGGAGGUCCUGGGCUGGCGUGGUUACAAGUGGUCUGUGGUUGUGAGGCCGGUUGGACGUACUGCCAAAAUCUCUAAAACGACAUUGGAGGCGGCUUAUGGUAGAGAAAUUAACAUUAACAUUAAAAAUUAUCUGGCAACGACUCUGGUGCAGUCAGCAUGCUAAUUGCAUGCUCCCUCAACACUUGAGACAUCUGUGACAUUGUGUUGUGUGACAGAACUGCACAUUUUAGUGCAGCACAAGGUGUACCUGUGUAAUGAUCAUGCUGUUUGAUCAGCUUCUUGAUAUGCCACACCUGUCAGGUGGAUAGAUUAUCUUGGCAAAGGAGAAAUGCUCACUAACAGGGAUUUAAACAAAUUUGUGCACAAAAUAAGUUUUUUGUGCGUGUGGAAAAUUUCUGUGAUCUUUUAUUUUAGCUCAUGAAACAUGGUGCCAACACUUUACACGUUGCGUUUAUAUUUUUGUUCAGUAUAGAAUUUUCAUUGUUCAACAUAAAAGACUGUAAAAACACCAGGAAAUCAGCUCCAAGUGAUUUUAAUUUUGGAAAUCUGUUCCCAGGUAUUCCCACGCAUAAUAGAGAGACAUGAUCUUAUACAAAUGUAAGCAAGGUUUGAAAUAAUCUGUUUGGGAUUCUUGCGGUCAAAUUGCAGUCUACAAAUUAUUUGUAAUUAUGUUCCGGGCCCCCGACCAUCCGCUCAAGAAGACAAUUGGCCCGUGGCUGAAAUCUAGUUCAUGAUCCCUGUCCUAAAGUGACAUUAUUACUUAUGAAGUGGUGAACUUAGUCUAAAACAAAAUGGCUGACCACCCUGCCUUGUGCCAUUGUGUUUGUUGUGUAGGUACUGGCAUGGUGACAACCUGCCCUUCGAUGGUCCUGGAGGCAUACUGGCCCAUGCCUUUUUCCCCAGAACUCACCGGGCGGGCGACAUCCACUUUGACUAUGAUGAGAGUUGGACAGUGGGAAACAGCAUGGGUGAGUGAAUAGCAAAAAUAAGAGAUUUAAUUUACCGGUCUAUAGCAGUGGAGGCUCCUCAGAGGAGGAAGGGGAGGACCAUCCUCCUCAGUGAAUUUCAUAAAAAUAAAAAUAGUGAAACAUUAAAAAAGUUAUAAUUUCCAGAUAAAACUAUACAAAAUAUAUUCACAUGUCACCAAAUAAUUGAUUAAAACACACUGUUGUGCAAUAAAGGUCUACAGUAGCCUCAGCAGCAGUCUGUAGGGUAGCACUAUGGUGUAGCCGGAGGACAGCUAGCUUCUGUCCUCCUCUGGGUACAUUGACUUCAAUACAAAACCUAGGAGGCUCGCCCCCUUCCAUAGACUUACACAGGAAUUAUGACAACUUCUGGAGGACGUCCUCCAACCUAUCAGAGCUCUUGCAGCAUGAACUGACGUGUUGUCCACCCAAUCAAAAGAUAAGAGAAUAAAUCUAGUACUGAAAGCAUAAGCUACAAAUAGCUAGCACUGCAGUGCAUAAAAUGUGGUGAGUAGUUGACUCAGAGAGAGAAAGAUAAUAGUUGAACAGUUUUGAACAAAUUAAUUUCUUCCAAAAUUAAGGAGAAGCGAGAGAGUGAGCUAGCUAUUUUAGGCUAUUGCAUUAGGCAAAUGCAGCUAGCUAGUUUAGGCUAUUCAAACACCCAGCCCAAACAGAGAGGGAUGCUAUGUUAGCUAGCUGGCUAUGGCUAUCCAACACAGGAACUCUUCCAAGUCAAGGUAAGCUUUUGGUUUUAUUAAUUUAUGAUUGUAGCGGGUUUACUAGCGCGUUAGUUCUAGUAGCUUUGUUGACUAUGACGUGAAAAUGAUGUAGCGAUUAGCGUUCAUGAUAUGAAGGUUUGGCUUGGAAAUGUUUUUUCGCCUGGUCACAGACAGCUGAUGUGUUGAGCACUGAAGUCCACAAGGGAAGGGAAAACGUGAGAGGAGGAGAAAACGUAGCGAGAAGGAAUUAUAUAUAUAUACAACGAGCAAAGAGAUAAUGCUGUUUUUAUGUGGCUGCUAUGAACGUGAACUGUGUUUGUGUGUGAUCAGGGAUGUAUUCAUUCCACCGGUUCUAUCGAGGAAAAAAAUAAAAUAAACGGAAGAGAACGAAACGGGUAUAAACAUUCCUGAAUUUGUCCAAUAGAAACUCACAUUUGCAACUGUUGGACUAAUGAUUACACCCUAGAUCAGCUAGAUGCAGGCAAGAUUGUGCAAGGCGAUUUUGAAUGUGUCAAUGUCUGUCACCUUGAGUACUCAAAAUUCUCUCGACCUGUGCACCUAUGCUGUAAACUUUCAUUCAUAGGCUAGGUUGUAGCAACCUCAUGAUGGGUACAGGGAAAAUUAGAGUAUCAUGUAGUAGCCUAAACCUAUCGAUGUUACAUUGAGCUGGAUGAAUGGAAUAUGAAUGACAGUCAUCCAAUAUGCCGUAAUAGAAAUAUGGCCAAUAAUCGUCCUCCCUCAUCUUAAACGGCACCACUGGUCUCUAGGUAGUAGUUUACAAGUGAAGAUACUGAACAAACAUUGCUAAAGAUACUGCCUAAAUCUUGCUCAGGCAAGUUUGGUUGAAUCCCUCUGUCUCAAUGUCACUGACCCUUGUCCCAUGGUGGUCCCGCAGGCACGGACCUCCUGCAGGUGGCAGCCCAUGAGUUUGGCCACGUCCUCGGCCUCCAGCACUCCCUGGUCGACGGAGCCGUCAUGUCCCCCUUCUACAGCUUCUCUUAUCCCCUGGAGCUGAGUGACGAUGACAAGCAGGGUAUCCAAUACCUGUACGGCCCGCCGCGGAAAGCCCCGCCCGUCAUCACCGAGACCAAUGAGAUCGAAACCACCGUGGUGAGGACUGAACAUGACAAGAAAUUAAUAGAAGUUCAACUUAUCAGUGAACACAUCAAUUGUUGGAAGCAUAUAGGUAGCAACUGGAAUAUUAGUAGGUUAAUACACAAUGCUCAUUUCAGUGACCCAAUUUGUUGAGAUUGAAGAAAGUUUCCAGGCCUCUACAAGGCUGAAUUGCGCUUCCGCCAUAUUGAUUUUGCAUGACAUAACCUGUGCUCACUCUGUCUCUCUCUCCAUGACUUGGCCACAGCCAGACCCCUGCAGGACUAACUUUGACGCCGUGUCCAUGAUCAGAGGGGAGAUGUUCUUCUUCAAGUCCCGCUACGUGUGGCGUAUCCGUGAUGGCCGACUGCAGGCGGGGUACCCGGCGCUAGCAACGCGCCACUGGAGGGGGAUCCCCGACAACAUUGAUGCGGCCUACGAAGACAAGACUGGAAACAGCUGGUUCUUCCAAGGUGGGUUCCACCAUAGAAAUAGAAUACCUGCCAUAGUCUGGGGUUUUACCCAUUCUAGUAAGUAUUUAUAUGGGCUCCACUGUUCUGCUGGUAGCAGUUGCUUUUGAGCUCUGAUAUUUGGCAGGAGUACAGAAGUAGUACAGAAGUAGCUCAUCGUAGGGCGAUGUGUCCAAUUUUUUUAAAGAAGAUAUUUUUAUGAUAUGACAGUUCAAAACAGACAGGAGAGGCCCAAGGUGAGAGUCAAACCCCUGUCGCCAGGACGUGUGUGUGGUCCAGAGUCGGGAGCUUAGAGCGCUGUACCAGACUCUGGCAUGUUGGUAGCAGUUCUGGGUGGGACAAUAAGGGUUUCGAUUUGAGACUGCCAUUUUUCUGAAAGGCAGGCACAGGAGGCUGCUGAGGGGAGAACGGCUCACAAUAAUGUCCGGAACAAAACAAAUGGAAACCAUGUGUUUGAUGUAUUUGAUACCAUUCCACUGAUUCCGCAUCAGUCAUUACCACGAGCCCGUUCUCCCCAAUUAAGGUGCCACCAACUUCCUGUGAAGUCAGGUUAGGUCAAACUUCUAGAAAGAAAGUAUUUGACAGCAAGAGGGGUAAAUGCAAAGUUAUAUUAGUUGCUUCACACAAACAAUCCACAGCUUAAGGACUCUCUGCUCUGGUUUAGUUUAAUCAUAGUGAUGACAGGUGGGAGAAACAUGGUCUACUCUUGCACGGGUGUAUAGUGUGUGUGUGUGCAGAUAUAUACGAUUGUCUGUGUGUGCCUGUGUGCAAAGGCACGUGUCUGUGUCUGUCUGUGGGUGUGUGUUGUUUUAUGGGUGUCUAAACUCUCCACCUCCCACCAGGGCUCUGCCAGUGUUUGGGUGGGCAAAUUAGGCCCAGCAGUUAGCAGAAGGUCCUAUAAACACAGCAGUAGCAGCAGUAGUAGUAGGGAGAGGAAACAGCUGCAGUAGGGAGAGAGAGGAAACAGCUGCAGUAGGGAGAGGAAACAGCUGCAGUAGAGAGAGGAAACAGCUGCAGUAGAGAGAGGAAACAGCUGCAGUAGAGAGAGGAAACAGCUGCAGUAGAGAGAGGAAACAGCUGCAGUAGGGAGAGAGAGGAAACAGCUGCAGUAGAGAGAGGAAACAGCUGCAGUAGGGGGAGGAAACAGCUGCAGUAGGGGGAGGAAACAGCUGCAGUAGGGGGAGGAAACAGCUGCAGUAGAGAGAGGAAACAGCUGCAGUAGGGAGGAAGGCAGAGAAACAGCUGCAGUAGGGGAGGAAACAGCUGCAGUGAGGGGGAGGAAAACAGCUGCAGUAGAGAGAGGAAACAGCUGCAGUAGGGAGAGGAAACAGCUGCAGUAGAGGGGAGAGGAAACAGCUGCAGUAGGGAGAGGAAACAGCUGCAGUAGGGAGAGGAAACAGCUGCAGUAGGGAGAGAGAGGAAACAGCUGCAGUAGGGAGAGGAAACAGCUGCAGUAGGAGAGAGGAAACAGCUGCAGUAGGGAGAGGAAACAGCUGCAGUAAGGAGAGGAAACAGCUCAGUAGGAGAGAGGAAACAGCUGCAAGUGGGAGGAGAGAGGAAACAGCUGCAGUAGAAGGGAGGAGAGGAAACAGCUGCAGUAGGGAGAGAGAGGAAACAGCUGCAGUAGGAGAGGGAAACAGCUGCAGUAGAGGAAACAGCUGCAGUAGGAGAGAGGAAACAGCUGCAGUAGAGAGAGGAAACAGCUGCAGUAGGGAGAGGGAAACAGCUGCAGUAGGAGAGAGAGGAAAACAGCUGCAGUAGGAGAGAGGAAACAGCUGCGUAGAGGAGGAGGAGGAGGAAACAGCUGCAGUAGGAGGAGAGGAAAACAGCUGCAGUAGGGAGAGGAAAAGCGUAGGAGGAAACAGCUGCAGUAGGGAGAGAGGAAACAGCUGCAGUAGGGAGAGAGGAAACAGCUGCAGUAGGGAGAGAGAGAAGCUGAGAGCAAGCUGACAGUGCAGUAGGGAGAGGAAACAGCUGCAGUAGGGAGAACGUGCAGUAGGGAAGAGAGGAAACAGCUGCAGUAGGAGAGAGAGGAAACAGCUGCAGUAGGGAGAGAGGAAACAGCUGCAGUAGGAGGGUAGAGAGAGGAAACAGCUGCAGUAGAGGAAAGAAGAGGAAGGUAGGAAGAAACAGCUGCAGUAGGGAGAGAGGAAACAGCUGCAGUAGGGAGAGAGAGGAAACAGCUGCAGUAGGGAGAGAACAGCUGCAGUAGAGGGGAAACAGCUGCAGUAGGGAGGAGGAAACAGUCUGCAGUAGGAGAGGAAACAGCUGCAGUAGGAGAGGAACAGCUGCAGGAGGGAGAGGAAACAGCUGCAGUAGGGAGAGGAAACAGCUGCAGUAGAGAGAGGAAACAGCUGCAGUAGGGAGAGGAAACAGCUGCAGUAGGGAGAGGAAACAGCUGCAGUAGGAGAGAGAGGAAACAGCUGCAGUAGGAGAGAGAGGAAAACAGCUGCAGUAGAGAGAGGAAACAGCUGCAGUAGAGAGAGGAAACAGCUGCAGUAGGAGAGGAAAGGAAAAACAGCUGCAGUAGGAGAGGAGGAAACAGCUGCAGUAGAGGAGAGAGGAAACAGCUGCAGUAGAGAGAGGAAACAGCUGCAGUAAGGAGAGAAGGAGGGGAAACAGCUGCAGUAGGAGAGAGGAAACAGCUGCAGUAGGGAGAGGAAACAGCUGCAAGGUGAGAGAGAGGAAACAGCUGCAGUAGAGAGAGGAAACAGCUGCAGUAGAGAGAGGAAACAGCUGCAGUAGAGGAACGGAGGAGGAAACAGCUGCAGUAGAGAGAGGAAACACGCGUAGAGAAGAACGCUGAGAGGAGAGGAAACAGCUGCAGUAGGAGAGAGGAAAACAGCUGCAGUAGGAGAGGAAACAGCUGCAGUAGAGAGAGAAGAAACAGCUGCAGUGGAGGGAGGAAACAGCUCAUAGGGGAGGAGAAACAGCUGCAGUAGGAGAGAAACACUGCAGUAGAGAGAGGAAACAGCUGCAGUAGAGAGAGGAAACAGCUGCAUGGCAGUGAGACAGCUGCAGUAGGGGAGGAAACAGCUGCAGUAGGAGAGAGGAAACAGCUGCAGUAGGGAGAAUAGAGAGAAGAAACAGCUGCAGUAGGGAGAGAGAAACAGCUGCAGUAGGAGAGAGAGGAAACAGCUGCAGUAGAGGAGAGGAAACAGCUGCAGUAGAGAGAGGAAACAGCUGCAGUAGGGAGAGAGGAAACAGCUGCAUAGGGAGGACACUGCUAGAGGAGAGUAGGAAAACAGCUGCAGUAGGGAGAGAGAGGAAACAGCUGCAGUAGGAGAGAGGAAACAGCUGCAGUAGAGAGAGGAAACAGCUGCAGAGGAGAGGAAACAGCUGCAGUAGGGAGAGGAAACAGCUGCAGUAGGGAGAGGAAACAGCUGCAGUAGAGAGAGGAAACAGCUGCAGUAGAGGAGGAACAGCUGCAGUAGAGAGAGGAAACAGCUGCAGUAGGAGAGGAAAACAGCUGCAGUAGGGAGGAGAGGAAACAGCUGCAGUAGGGAGGAGGAGGAAACAGCUGCAGUGAGAGGAGGAAACAGCUGCAGUAGGGAGAGAGGAAACAGCUGCAGUAGGGGAGAGGAAACAGCUGCAGUAGGGAGAGGAAACAGCUGCAGUAGAGAGAGGAAACAGCUGCAUAAGAAGCAGUAGAGAGAGGAAACAGCUGCAGUAGAGAGAGAGGAAACAGCUGCAGUAGGGAGAGAAACGCUGCAGUAGAGAAGAGAAAACGAGUAGGAAAAACACCAGUAGAGAAAACAGCUGCAGUAGGGAGAGAGAGGAAACAGCUGCAGUAGAGAGAGGAAACACGCUGGAAAUCAGUAGGAGAGGAAACAGCUGCAGUAGGGAGAGAGAAGGAAACAGCUGCAGUAGGAGAGGAAGUGAGAGGAGAGAACAGCUGCAGUGAGGGAACAUGGAGGAAACAGCUGCAGUAGAGAGAGGAAACAGCUGCAGUAGGGAGAGGAAACAGCUGCAGUAGAGAGAGGAAACAGCUGCAGUAGGAGAGGAAACAGCUGCAGUAGAGAGAGGAACAGCUGCAGUAGGGGAGGAAGCAGAGAGGAAACAGCUGCAGUAGGAGAGGAAACAGCUGCAGUAGGAGAGGAAACAGCUGCAGUAGGGAGAGGAAACAGCUGCAGUAGGAGAGAGAGGAAACAGCGCAGUAGGAGAGGAAACAGCUGCAGUGAGAGAGGAAACAGCUGCAGUAGGGAGAGGAAACAGCUGCAGUGAGGAGAGGAAACAGCUGCAGUAGGAGAGGAAAACUGCAGUAGGGAGGAAACAGCUGCAGUAGGAAGAAACACGCAGAAAGAGAGAGAAACAGCUGCAGUAGAGAGAGGAACAGCUGCAGUAGAGAGAGAAACGCUGCAUAGGGGAGGAAACAGCUGCAGUAGAGAAGGAAACAGCUGCAUAGGGAGAGAAACAGCUGCAGAGGAGAGGAAACAGCUGCAUAGGGGAGGAAACAGCUGCAUAGGGGGACAGCUGCGUAGGAGAGGAAACAGCUGCAGUAGGGAGAGGAAACAGCUCAGUAGGAAGAGGAAACAGCUGCAGUAGGGAGAGAGGAAACAGCUGCAGUAGGGAGAGGAAACAGCUGCAGUAGGGAGAGGAAACAGCUGCAGUAGGGAGAGGAAACAGCUGCAGUAGGGAGAGGAAACAGCUGCAGUAGGGAGAGAGAGGAAACAGCUGCAGUAGGUCCAUUCACCAGGUACAGGUUUCAGUGUCACGAUCGUCGAUGACAGAGGACCAAGGCGCAGCGUUACGAGCGAACAUAUUUAUUAUUUAAACGUACACACGAACAAAACAACGAAAACGUGACGUCUAUGGUACACCAUGAAACCACACGAACAAAAUCCCACAAACACAAGGUGAACACAGACAGUUUAAAUAUGGCUCCCAAUCAGAGAUAACGAGCCGACAGCUGACACUCGUUACCUCCGAUUGGGAGUCAUUGACCAAAUAAGGGAAACACAAAACCAAUGACCACCCAACCAAACAAAACACAACCAAAACGAACACACCCUGGCUCAAAAUACAAAGUCCCGGAGCCAGAGCGUGACAGUACCCCCCCCUCAAAACCCCAAAUAGGGGAGGGCUGGGUGGGUGUUGCUCCUCAGAGGCGGCUCCGGCUCCGGGCUUGACCACCACCCUACUUCAAUCCCCGCAUAACGGCCCCGAUCCGAUCUGACCCAGCUGGCUGGAUCAGGACUGACGACGCGCACCCCUGGCUUAGCGCGUGAGGCAGGAACGGACCGGACCUGGCUGACGAUACGCACCCUAGGCUUGGUGCGUGGAGCCGGAACGGACCUCACCAGGCUGACGACUCGCAUCCCUGGCUUGGUGCGAGUAGCAGGAAUGGGCUGGACCGGGCUGACGACUCGCACCCUUGGCUUGGUGCGAGUAGCAGGAACGGGCUGAACCAGGCUGACGACUCGCACCCUUGGCUUGGUGCGAGUAGCAGGAACGGGCUGAACCAGGCUGACGACUCGCACCCUUGGCUUGGUGCGAGUAGCAGGAACGGGCUGGACCAGGCCGACGACUCGCAUCCCUGGUUUGGUGCGAGUAGCAGGAACGGGUUGAACCAGGCUGGCGACUCGCACCCCUGGUUUGGUGCGAGUGGCAGGAACAGGCCGAGCUAGGCUGGCGACGCACCCCGUAGGCUUUGUGCGUGGAGCAGGAACAGGCCGAGCUGGGCUGGCGACGCACCCCGUAGGCUUUGUGCGUGGAGCAGGAACAGGACGAGCUGGGCUGGCGACGCACCCCGUAGGCUUUGUGCGUGGAGCAGGAACAGGCCGAGCUGGGCUGGCGACGCGCACCACAGACUCGGUGCGGAGCGCAGGAACGGGCCGGGCUGGGCUGGCGACGCGCACCACAGACUCGGUGCGGAGCGCAGGAACGUGCCGGGCUGGGCUGGCGACGCGCACCACAGACUCGGUGCGGAGCGCAGGAACGGACCGGGCUGGGCUGUCGACGCACACCGUAGGUUUGGUGCGGGGAGCAGGAAUAGACCGGACCGUACUGGGGACACACACCACUGGCUCUACACCGGGAUCUGGAACGGCCCGGACCGGACUGGCAACACACGCCAGUACCUCUCGCCGUGCCUCUACACCUACCAUCCCCUCUUCUACCAGUGGCCCCCGUAACCUGGCGGCCUCCUCUGCAACCCCGCUGGACCGCUCCAUAGCGGCCUCCUGCUGCCCCGACGUCGUGAGCCCCCCCCUAAAAAUUUUCUGGGGGUCUUUCCAGGCCUCCAACAUUCUCUCCCAUCUCUCGCUCCUCUGUCUCCAACCCUCUUCACUUAGCUCCUCCAUGGGCUUGACCCAAUCGAAGCUGCCACGGAGAUCUAUUAGCGAUGGCUCUUGGACACGCUGCUUGGUCUGGUCUUGGUGGGAUUUUCUGUCACGAUCGUCGAUGAGAGAGGACCAAGGCGCAGCGUUACGAGCGAACAUAUUUAUUAUUUAAACGUACACACGAACAAAACAACGAAAACGUGACGUCUAUGGUACACCAUGAAACCACACGAACAAAAUCCCACAAACACAAGGUGAACACAGACAGUUUAAAUAUGGCUCCCAAUCAGAGAUAACGAGCCGACAGCUGACACUCGUUACCUCCGAUUGGGAGUCAUUGACCAAAUAAGGGAAACACAAAACCAAUGACCACCCAACCAAACAAAACACAACCAAAACGAACACACCCUGGCUCAAAAUACAAAGUCCCGGAGCCAGAGCGUGACAUUCAGCCUGAGCAUCUGGUUUAUGUGACCCACCGUCUACCUAGCACAGAUGUCGCCCCGAACAGCUGAUACAGGAUCAGAUAUUAUUUAAUCCCCCUAAUAGUUAACAUUAGGAUUGGCUAGGCUAAUCCCAGAUCUGUGUCUAAAAAGACGUGUGACAUCAUCAACAGGCGACAGUUACUGGGUGUUUGACGCAGAGAGGAGGAUCACGGGGCCAGACUCAGUGCAUCGGCUGGGCCUUCAAGUGUCGGACAUCCAGGCAGCCCUCAUGUGGGGCGAGGACAAGGCCCAGAAGACCUACCUCUUCAAGUCGGGCACCUACUGGCGCUUCAGCCCCCUGGAGAACCGGGUGGACACGGCACACCCGCGUAGCAUGCAGGACUGGAGGGGCAUCCCCAUGGACAUUGACGCAGCCUUCCAGGACCGAUAUGGUGAGUCAGAGCUAUACAAAAAGAGUCAAAGGCUAAAUGUAUUUGGACAGGAUCCAUUAUGUCGUGUUGUGUUCCCAGUUCGGUUGAUAGCAAGCAUGUGGAUAUCUCUGAGUAUUGUGUAUUUCUGACAGUUUGUGUGUGUUUGUGUGUGUGUGUGUGUGUGUGUGUGUGCGUGCGUGCAUGUAACCCCAUGGUAAUUCCAUUUAACUGCACUGAGCUAAUUGUUGACCUCCUAACCUCCUAAUAGGCUUUGCUCAUUUCCUGAGUGGGAGGCAGUAUUGGAAGUUUGACCCUGUGGAGGUGAAGGUUCUGGAAGGAUACCCCCGCUAUAUCGGCAUGGACUUCUUUGGCUGCCCCGCUUCCUUUUAUCGA